AUGCGACUCAACUUUCUCCGGCACUCCGCGGAAAACGCGGCGAAAGUGUCCGCCAUUUUUCCUGCUAAAGGCACGCGCCGCCUCUUCCUGGAGGCGGGGCCGCGGGUGUGGGCGUGGCUGUGGCUGUGGCUGGCGGCGGGCGGCCGGUGCUGGGAGCAGCCGCGGCUGCCGCCCACGCCCGCGGGGGCGGAGGUGCUGAUGGCGACGCUGGGCGGCACGCGGUCCCACACGGCGCCCUUCCUGGCGCUGGGCCGGCAGCUGGCGCGCAGGGGCCACCGCGUCACGCUGCUGAGCGCCUUCCCGCCGCCGCCCGGGGAGGAGACGCCGGGCGUGCGACAGCUGAACCCGGAGCCGCUGGUGCGCUACGUGUCGGAGCUGACGCGCGGCUGGGACCUGCUGGGGGCGCGCGCCAGGGGCGACCAGCCCGUGCCGCCCUGGGAGGCCGUGCGCUUCGGCCUGCAGGUGCGUCGCCGCGCCGCAGCAGCGCGGGGGGCCGCGAACCGCAGGCGCAGCCGGGGGCCGGGGGCUCUGGGAUGGAGGCGAUCCCUGGGGGGCGUGGUGCUGUUAGAGGGUUGUCGGACUUGCAAAGCGUGCGAGCCACCCUUCCCCACGCCGUCGCUCGCGCCCUGUGCCCGCCAGCACUCGCAGCUCGCAGGCGCCGCCCCUGGCCGGUGUCUGCCUGCCCCAGUUCUGUCAGGUGAACUGCACGGGCGUGCCCUGCGUACGGCGGGCCGCUGGUCCACAGCUGUGUGGCGCCACCUGCUGCAGUCGUCGCUGGUGCCGGUGGGCAUUGAACCUCGGACCUUCUGGGUUGCACUCGUCACACACCGUCACCCCCUCACUGCUAGUGUUCAACUGGUCCGCAGGGAUGUCACACUUUUACCUCCACGAAGGACAGACUGUGGUGUAGUUCAGGUGUGCGAGGCGGCGCUGGGGUCCCGGGAGGUGCGCGGGCUGCUGGAGGCGGCGCCGCGGCGGCGGCCGGCGCUGGCGCUGCUGGACGGCGCCUUCCCCGACUGCCUGCUGGCGCUGGCGCACCGCCUGGGAGCGCCGCACGCGCUCCUCAACACCGUGGCCGCGCACCCGGGGGCGGCCAGCUGGGCCGCCGCCAGCCCCGCGCCCUUCAGCGUCACGCCCUUCAUGGGCCUGCCCUACACCGACCGCAUGGCCCUGCCGCAGCGCCUGCUCAACGCCGCCUGCCACGUCGCCCUCAGGGCCAUGCAGGUCCUCAGCACCAAGCUGCUGCUGGAGCCGUGCGUGCGGCGCCACCUGGGUCCUGACGUGCCACCCAUCAGCUGGCUGGCGCGCAACACCAGCUUCGUGCUCCAGAACGCGCUCAGCCCCACUACUCUGCCGCGCGCCUACUUCCCGGACGUCGCCGAGGUGGGCUGCCUCCACUGUCGGCCAGCCAAGCCGCUGCCCCAGGACCUCGAGGAGUUCGUGAGCGGGUCGCCGUCUGGCUUCGUGCUGGUGAGCAUGGGCUCCGGCGUCAGGGCUGCCAACAUGCCGGCGGAGCUGCACCGGCUGCUGAUGACCGCCUUCGGCAGCCUGCCGUACCGCGUGCUGUGGAAGCACGAGGCCGGCCCGGGCGGCGAGGGGGUGCCGCAGGUGCCGGGGAACGUCAUGCUGAGGCGCUGGCUGCCGCAGCAGGACCUGCUGGGGCACCCGCGGCUGCGCGCCUUCGUGGGCCACGGCGGGCUGCUCAGCGUGCUGGAGGCGGGCUUCCACGGCGCGCCGCUGCUGGCGCUGCCCGUCUUCUGCGACCACGACGCCAACGCGGCGGCCGCCCGGCGCGCCGGCUUCGCGCGCGUCCUCCAGCUCCAGGGGCUCACCGCCCCCGCACUCGCCGCCGCCGUCCGCGCCGUCGCCACCGACCCCAGGUACCGGGAGGCUGCUUACCGUCAGUCAGUGCUCAUCCGGGACCAGCUGACACCCCCACUGGAGAAGGCCGUCUUCUGGACGGAGUACCUGCUACGCCACAAGGGCGACACAAGGCACCUGCAGUCCGCCGCCAGGGACAUGGCCUGGUGGCAGCUUUACUGCCUGGACCUCGCCCUGGUCGUGCUGGGCCUCCCUGUCCUCCUGUGGGUUGCUCUUUCUAGGCUCUGCCACUUGCUGCUUCACUCCAGGCACGCACUGGCCAAGAAGCUCAAGGCUCACUAG